AUGACGGGCAAAGCGGGCGCGGCGCUGGCCCCCAGCCUGCCCGGCAAGCCCAAGCCCGACGGCGCGGCCACCGCCCCCGCCGCCCCGCCACCGCCUCCGCCGCCCCCCGCGGCUGGGGUCAAGUCCAGCUCUGGGCCCACCCCUCCCCGCUGCACCGGCUUCGGCAUCCAGGAGAUCCUGGGCUUGAACAAGGAGCCGCCGUCGCACCCUCGGGCCGCCCUGGACUCUCUGCCCGCCGGGCACCUGCUGGCGGCCCGCUCCGUGCUCAGUCCCGCCGGGGUGGGCGGCGUUGGCAUGGGGCUGCUGGGGGCCGGCGGUAUCCCCGGCUUUUACACCCAGCCCACCUUCCUAGAGGUGCUCUCCGACCCCCAGAGCGUCCACCUGCAGCCCCUGGCCCGGGCUCCUGGACAGCUGGACAGCAGCCAGACGGCCAGCUCAGAUUCCGAGGAUGUGUCCUCCAGCGACCGAAAAAUGUCCAAAUCCUCCCUAAACCAGAGCAAGAAGCGAAAGAAGAGGCGGCACAGGACAAUCUUCACAUCCUAUCAACUGGAGGAGCUGGAAAAGGCCUUCAAUGAGGCUCACUAUCCUGACGUCUAUGCUAGAGAGAUGUUGGCCAUGAAAACAGAGUUGCCAGAAGACAGGAUACAGGUUUGGUUCCAGAACCGCCGGGCCAAGUGGCGGAAGAGGGAGAAGUGCUGGGGCAGGAGCAGUGUGAUGGCUGAGUACGGGCUCUACGGUGCCAUGGUGCGUCACUCCAUCCCGCUGCCUGAAUCCAUCCUCAAGUCUGCCAAGGAUGGCAUCAUGGAGUCCUGUGCCCCUUGGCUCCUGGGGAUGCACAAAAAGUCUCUGGAGGCAGCGGCUGAGGCGGGGAGGAAGACAGAGGUGGAGCGCCAGGCCCUGCCCAAGCUUGACAAAGGUGACAAGGAAGAAAGGGGUCCGGAUCCCAAAACCACCAUUUCCCAGGAGGAACUGAGAGAAAACAGCAUUGCUGCCCUCAGGGCUAAAGCUCAGGAGCACAGCACCAAAGUCCUGGGGACCAUUGCCGGGGACAGCCCAGCCCCAGGCAGGAAGCCGGAGACAGGGGAGGAGGCAGCAGUGGCAGAGGAUGAGAGACAGACGGAGAAGUUGAACUCGUCGCAGAAAGAGGAGAAGCUGAUCUAGGGGGAAGAGAGGUGGCAGAAGCCAGCCCCGACAGACACUGUGUCCUUUGGGGCCGUGUUCCCCCUUGGACUGCUAGGCCUCCCCGGCCACCCCUGCCAGGGAGAGGGGCCCUGGUCUCUGUGUUYAGGGCUACCUGGCAGGGGUGUCCAUUGCCUGCUCCCCUUGAGCAUACCCCUGCCCCUCGCUCCUCCACCCCACCAGGCCUUCCUCAUCCCCACCYCUUUCUUUUGGGGGACCGGGAAGUGUCACAUCAUCACUGCCACCAGUAACACCAAGGCUC